AUGAGUCGACUAUGCACAGGUCUAGGAACCUCUCGUUUGCUUCCUCUCCUCUUCUUCCGCUGCUUCCUCCUGCUCCUCCUGAUCUCGAAAGUAAAAUGUGACCCUCUGGUGCACGUUGAUCCCCUCAUCGGCUCCAGAAAUGGCGGGAAUGUCUUUGCCGGCGCCACUCUGCCCUACGGUCUCGCCAAAGCAGUGGCCGAUGUCGAUGGCCAGAACACGGGCGGCUUCGGCCUCGACGGGAGCAACGUCACAGGUUUCUCGAGCCUGCACGACAGUGGCACGGGCGGGAACCCGAGCCUCGGAAAUUUCCCCCUCUUCCCGCAGCUGUGCGACGGCGACGACCUGAGCAGCUGCAGGUUUCGUAUCGGAGACCGCAAGGUGCGCUAUCGGGAAAGCAGUGUGAAAGCCGAGCCCGGCAGAUUUUACAUCGAGCUCGAGAAUGGUGUGGCUGCCGAGAUGACUUCGUCGGAGCAUGCUGCGCUCUACCGCUUCACCUUUCGUCCAGGAGAAGCCCGCCAGCCCGUCAUCCUGCUCGACCUGACGGAUCUCUGGAAGAGCAGGCAGAAUGCUUCCAUCACCGUCGACGAGCACUCCGGUCGCAUGGUCGGGAACGGCACCUUUCUGCCCAGCUUCGGUGCCGGCUCCUACGCCUCGUACUUUUGCGUCGACUUCUUCGGCCCCAGAGUCGUCGAUACGGGUGUUUGGGUCAAUAAUCGGGCCGGAAGCGAGCCCAAGCAAAUACACGUCACCAGGGGCUUCAAUCUAUUUUAUCUCGAGGCCGGCGGUUUCGCGAAAUUUGCCCUUGACAGGGACGGCGAUAGGACCGUCACCGCCCGCGUGGGGAUGAGCUUCAAGAGCGCCGAGCAGGCCUGCAGCAGUGCCGAGAGAGAGAUUCCCGACGCGCUCAACGACUUUGAUAGGCUCGUGUCGACGGCAAGGAACAUCUGGCGCGAGAAGCUCGAUCCAAUCCGCAUCAAGAGCGGCGGAGCUGCCAAAGACAUUGUCAGGAGCUUCUGGAGCGGCGUGUACAGAAACAUGAUAUCGCCUCAGAACUACACAGGCGAGAAUCCCCAUUGGGAUACAGGCAGGCCGUACUUUGAUUCCUUUUACUGCAUAUGGGACAGUUUCCGUGUGCAACAUCCCCUCCUCACCAUCGUCGACCCUCGAGCCCAGGUCCAGAUGGUCCAGUCCCUGCUCGACAUGUACUCCCACGAGGGUUGGCUGCCAGACUGUCACAUGUCCAUGUGCAACGGCUGGACCCAAGGGGGGUCGAACGCCGAUGUCGUCCUUGUCGACGCUUACGUCAAGAACCUGUCAACCACAAUCGACUGGGAACUGGCCCUAGAGGCAAUCACCGUCGAUGCCGAGGAAGAGCCAUUGGAGUGGUCGUACCACGGCCGCGGCGGUUUGCAGAGUUGGCGUACCCUCCACUAUGUCCCCUAUCUCGAUUUCGAUCCCAUCGGGUUCGGAACCAACUCUCGCAGCGUCUCACGCACGCUGGAGUACUCUUAUAACGAUUUUUGUCUCGCCACCCUCGCCGACGGCCUCGGCAGAGGGCAAGAGUUUUCCAAAUACAUGGCCCGCAGUAUGAACUGGAAGAACCUCUGGAAGGAAGACCAGAUUUCCGUCAUCAACGGAACCGACACCGGCUUUCGGGGCUUUUUCCAACCCAAGUACAUGAAUGGUACGUGGGGUUUCCAGGACCCCAUCGCCUGCUCCUCUCUGGCCACCUUUUGCUCGUUGACGACGAACCCGAGCGAAACGUUUGAAGCCAGCAUAUGGCAGUACAUGUUCUUCGUUCCGCACGCCAUCUCGUCCCUCAUCUCUCUCGUCGGUGGGGACGAUGCCUUCAUUUCCCGACUCGACUUCUUCCAAGCCAGUGGUCUGGCCGACAUCUCCAACGAACCCGUCUUCCUCACCGUCUUCCUCUACCAUUACGCCGGCCGGCCUUCUCUCUCGGCCAAACGUAUCCACACAUACAUCCCGAACUCGUUCAAUGCCACCCCUGGUGGGCUUCCGGGCAACGACGACUCAGGUGCCAUGGGCGCAUUUCUCUUCUUCUCCAUUCUGGGACUGUUUCCCGUAGCUGGCCAGAAUGUCUACCUUAUCACCCCGCCAUUCUUUGAGGAGAUCAGCAUCAAGUCACCUCUGACGGGCAAAACGGCAACAGUGCGAAAUCUGGGCUUUGACCCGUCGUACAAGAAGCUGCAUAUCCAAAAAGCAACGUUGAAUGGCAAGAAGUGGACCAGAUCGUGGAUAGGACAUGAAUUCUUCACCCACGGCUGGACGCUCGAGCUCGAGCUCGGUGCUCACGAGUCCGACUGGGGCAGCAAGCCUCAAGAUCGACCGCCGAGCUGGCGGGCGUGA